UCAGACACGUUCUGGCAUCAUCAAAUUGAUAAAUUGACAAUGACAAUAUGUGACAUUCUGUAAUUUCGAGUUAUUUACGUUGCGACUUGUACGCUAAAGAAUCAAUGACCUGCAUGCUGCGUUUCAUUUUGUUGUAGUUGUCCGUCUAUCGUUUUUCGAGAUCCAGGUACAAAUAAUCAUGUUAGAAAAUUUUCUACGAGAGUACAAUAUCAAUCGGAUAUUGUUGUCGAUCACAGGUCUCUGGCCAUAUCAGAACAAGGUUGUGAGAAGUUUAUUAUGGAUAUUCUGUUUCCUGCUCGAAAUAAGUUAUUAUCCGUUCGAGAUAUUACUAUUUCACGAUCAUUCGGACGAUGCGCAAUUGAUUUUCGAAGGUGGCUAUCAAACUCUGAUUUUAACUAUUUUUGUCAUAAGGCAUUUAAGUGACGUUUUGCACAAUGACAAGAUGCGAUGUCUGUACGAAGCCAUUGACGAGCAUUGGAAUAUAUUUACAGAUGAUAUAGAAAUUCGAAUUUUGAGAGAAUAUUCUGUGCUGUCGCAAAAAAUUGUGAUAUAUUAUUCAAUGCUACAUUUAUCUUCGUUAGUGGUAAUUAUAAUAUUACCAUUAACACCGAUAUUCUUGGAUAUCUUAAUGCCUCUUAAUGAAUCACGUCCACGAUUUUUCACGAUGGAAGUCGAGUUCAGGGUGAAUAAAGAUGAAUAUUUUCUACCAAUUUUUUGUUAUACUAAUCUUGUAAUUGUGGUGGGUGUAUUCAUUGCGUUAGGCUUUGAUUCAAUGCAUAUAACAUGCACUGCUCAUGCAUGUGGUUUAUUUGCAGCUAUCAGUAAGCAAAUCGAAAAUGUACUGUUAAAAGUGAAUGACAAUAAUAACAUCGAAAAAACUGAACAUGUAAAUAAGAAACUUGAGUUGUUGAACGAAGAAAUAACAUAUCGAAAAUACAUAAUAUGUUUAAAAAAACAUCAGCUUGCUAUAGAAUUUGUGGAAAUACUAAAUUCAUCAUAUCAAGAAUGUGCAUUAGCUAUAUUGAUAGUACUUCUUGGAAUUUUGAGUCUGGUUGGAAUUCGUAUUAUUUAUGUAUUACAUGAAUUGGGAACAUUGAUAAAAUUUGUGUUUAUAUUCAUAACAGCAUUUUGUGUUUUGCUAGUCCCAUGUUACUCCGGUCAAAGAAUAAUGGAUGAAAGUCAGAAUAUAUUCUAUAGAGCGUAUGCAACAGAAUGGUACAAGUUCUCACAUAGGCUAAAAUCAUUACUACUAAUAACUCUUUACAGAAGUAAUAAACCAUGCGGAUUAAAAGCAGGCAACAUGAUUCCGUUAUCCAUCGCAACUUACGCAACGGUCGUACGAAUGUCUAUGUCUUACUACACAGCAUUAUUAUCAAUGCAAGACUGAUUACUGAGUGUUCAAUUAGUUUUAUUAGUUUUUCAUAGAUAUUACAUACCUUCGUUUCAUCCAAAGACUUCAGAUGUAUAUCUGAUAAUGCUAUUAUAGAUGCACUCAAUCAGCAACUUUUAAUACUAUUUCUAUAUUUUUCGCCUAACACAAUAUUUCGUUACUUAGUGAUUGUGUUAUUAAUUAAUCUUUUACUAACUGUUUACGGUACCUACACGCAAAGAAAAGAUUAGCCAACAAAGCUAAAAUUUAGUUGUAGCAACUAAGAUGUGUUUUUAAAAUAGGGACAGCUAAUAUCGUUGCUGCCAGAGCUAAAUUUAUUAGUUAUUAAAAUUAGCAGUUACAGCAAGAAAUUUUCGCUGUCAGAAUCAAAUAAUGUUUAGCAAAUGCGUAUAUAGUUUCACGCUCCUAAGUCCCGGUGUAGUAAGCCUUAAGCCGUAAGAAACUGACCAAUCAUAGUUGAAUAUGAAGAAAAUAAUCGUUCAUAGUCAAUUUUUACGAUUUAAGACUUGCAAUAUUAAUUGUAGUCCGGGACUAAAAUAUUGAGGAAUAGCUGCCACUUUUUUAGAGGCGACUUUUACUACACGUGUUAAAACACACAUUUUAUUUUAGCUAAUAAAACUGUAUUUCGCAGCAAA